GUGAGGGACAGGACAUUGGAGAAAUUUAAUUCUAACAAGUCUAAUUCCCUUUUUACUAAAGUUCCUAAGUGAAACCUUUUUUGUUGGGUCUGUAUUCCAAUUUGUUAGUCAUUUAGCAGAUUUUACAACUCUCAUCUAAUCAGAUGUUUGGCAAUUUGGGAAUCGUUGUAUUAUCUUUAAAUCCCUUUAUUCAUCCUAUCCGUCAUAAAUAUAGAUCUGUCUUGUGUAAAAUUAUUCUUCUCCGAAGGAACGUGUGUGGACUCUGUAUAUUAAAUGUUAAAACGGCUUUCCUAACCAGUUGGCAGCGGUUAUUUGUUGACAGCCACACUUUAAAGAAGAAGAAAAUGUAGUUCCCCAUUUAUUCCUGUAGAGGGCAGAACGCGCAGCAGUGUCUUAUUCUCCAACCCGAAGAAAAGCCUUUCAUUUCCGGAGUCAGUUUCCUACUGUAGUCGCUGACAUUUAUUCAGAGGAGGAGCAAAUUUAAAGGAAAAGUAUUUAACUACAUUUUUUCUGUUAACACAAGUUACGUGGAUGUUGUUAGUAGUCCUAAAUAACUCCUUGUUUUUAGGCUAUAAAGUGUUUUUUAACUAUAGAAAGUGCUGAGCUGUGUUGGAGUGAUGCAACAUGGCAGCAACUGCUGUCAGCAGGAGGUUUCUGUCUGUUAGUCUCCGCAGCCGUGGACUGGACACUGUGGGCCAGAGGGCCCUCUCUUUUCUGCCAUUUGUCCUGAUCCACAAACAACAAGAGAUAUACCCAUGUUUCAAAAGCAGAGGACCGGAGGGGCACAGGAGCCUGGACUACAGAGCUCCAACCCGGAAGGAAGGAGGCGGUUGGACAGGCAGCUCUGCCCGGCUUAGGUGUCUGUAUGUGGGGUUAGGGCUCUGCGGAGCAGCGCUCCUGGACCGUCUGAGGGAGGAACAGGUGGACUCAGAAGGAUCUUCAGGAUCCAGCAGCUUUCUAAGACUUUUUCUGCCCUGCGCCCAGUGUGCCUCCCCCUUCAAACCGGACAGCCCUCGCUUCAGAUACAACUUCAUAGCAGAUGUGGUGGAGAAGUCCAGUCCAGCUGUGGUUUACAUUGAGAUCGUGGGCAGACAUCCGUUUUCAGGAAGAGAAGUCCCCGUGUCAAACGGCUCGGGUUUUAUCAUCAGCAGCGACGGCCUCAUCGUCACCAACGCUCACGUUGUGGCCAACAAGAGAGGCGUCCGUGUGAAGCUCCCCAACGGCGAUACGUACAACGCCACGGUCCAUGACAUUGAUCCUGGGGCAGAUAUUGCCACAAUUAAAAUCACUUCACAGAAACCUUUACCCACGCUCAAACUGGGUCAGUCGUCGGAUAUUCGUCAAGGAGAGUUCGUGGUUGCCAUGGGAAGUCCGUUUGCUCUUCGGAACACGAUCACCUCAGGGAUCGUCAGCUCAGCGCAGAGAGGAAGCAAGGAGCUGGGCCUGUCCAACUCCAACAUGGAGUACAUACAGACAGAUGCAACCAUCGAUUUUGGAAAUUCUGGAGGGCCUUUGAUUAAUCUGGAUGGGGAAGUAAUCGGCAUAAACACUAUGAAGGUCACUGCAGGGAUCUCAUUCGCUAUUCCGUCUGAUCGUGUGAAGCUUUUUCUCAAUCAAGCAGAAAAAAGAAAAACCUCUAGGUUUGACGACUCGGGAACGAGGCCUCGCUACAUCGGUGUCAUGAUGCUGACGCUCACACCGAGCAUCAUUGCUGAGCUGAAGAUGAGAGACCCAUCCUUUCCUAGCGUCACACACGGCAUUCUCAUCCACAGAGUCAUCACAGGUUCACCAGCCAGCAGAUCUGGGUUGCUACCAGGAGACAUCGUGGUGGAGAUCAACGAGGUCAAGGUGAACACCUCUGAGGAGAUCUACAAGGCCGUCAGGAGCAGCAACAGCAUCACCAUGGUGGUGCAGAGAGGAAACGAGCUGCAUCAACUCAAAGUGACUCCUGAAUACAUCGAGUGACACUGGCCUCACUACUUCACCACAUGGGUGCCGAUGAGACAACUGUGAAACCUUCAGGCUGUUUUCUUUGGUUUAAUGUUAAUAUUUCUAUGCAUAUAAAAUGCAAUUAGGCUACAGUUGAAGUGUGGCCAUGUUCCAGCAGCUUUAUUGUUGAUUUCCCAAACUGAAACAUUAAGGUGUCAAAUAUAUUCCUGAUCAUUUCAUCUCUGUGCAACUAAUAAACUGCCCCAACAUGGAUAGUUUGUGAAAUAAAAGGCUGAAACGGCA